AUGGAAAGCACAAAAAAGGAUCACAACGGCCUACCAGUGUUGGUUCUCUACAGCGGUAAGACAGUUUUCGUCACGUAUUGCGGACAAGGACAACCGGCUACGGUUGAAAAGGAAGAAGGGAAGGAAAAGAUGGUGAUCAAGCCAGGUCGCAAGAUCUGUCUUGUCCUCUCCCCAUGUACUCUCGAAAUUACCGCCCGGAACAUUCCGUAG